AUGAAUAUGGACAAGAUUGAAGAAUACCUGGAGUCUCUUGAGGAACUUAUUUACUCUUCUCUUGAUGCUGCUUCUCCAGGUUAUAUCAGAGAAACCAUUAAUCAGCUUUGGAUCGACAUCACUCGUUAUGGCCCUUCACUUCCCAACAUGCCAGAGAUACGAUUACCCGGUCUGGGAGAUUUCGAGGUCCCUCCACCUCCCCCGCCUCCACCGCCUAGCUCCUUGUAUGAACGAUCUUGCACCUGGGCUGAGAAACACCCAUGGAAAGCUGGCGGUAUUGCCCUUGGCGCAGUCGGUACUGGGUUACUUGUUGGAUAUGGUGGUGUCUACAUGAAGGCGGUCAAGGCUCGGAAAGCCCUCAAAUCCAGUUCAAGUACUGAAAGAAGACAAGUUGUCGUCGUACUUGGUGGAGAUACACCGCUGGGACAUCCUCUGGUCCUUGACUUGGAGAGGAAGGGGUAUAUUGUUAUUGCAAGUGUAACUAAUCAAGAAAUGGCUGAUGCCCUUGAACGUAAAUGCCGUGGAUAUGUGCGCGCUUUAGUGCUAGACCCAUCAGAGCCUGAAACGAUACCACUGUUCCUUCGUACCCUGUCUUCGGCUCUCUCCCGCCGUUUCCCAAUCACAUCUGCAGGGGACCCAUUCGCAUCACCAGCUUCCCAUCCGUACAUUCACUCUGUCGUGUCGUUAUUGACCCUUUCACCUCCUUUCACACAUGCACCACUUGAACAUGUCUCUUUCCAAGACGCCUAUCUUCCGUACCUCACACACACCCAAGUAACGCCCCUACAAGUCAUCCAAUCUCUCCUACCUCUUCUUCGACAUGUUCCAUCCGCAGGCAAGAAGUCCAUUGUCGUCUGUCUGCCAGCCACUGAAACUCGCUUCGGAUUACCGUUCUCCUCUAUUCAAUCAAUGAGUGCUGCAGGCACGAUGAGGGCCGUAGAAGUCCUGAGGAGAGAGAUCAGCGUCGCUGCAAUGACAGGGAAGUCUGAGACCAUGAAAAAUAUCAGAGUGGUAGCAAUCGAAGUUGGUGCCUUCAAUGUUGGCAACGAACGUCCCCAGCAUUUCACCCCUCUGGAGGCUAUGGAAAAAUGGACUGCUUCGGAAAAGAUUACGUACGGCCCGGCGUUUGCAGCCAUCAUUGAUUCUGCUCGCUAUGGACGAGAACAUAGUGUACACAGGCGACCUACAGACGUGAAGGUCCUCGUGAAUGGUGUUGUCGCUAUCGUGAGUAACGGACAAUUAGGGGGAUCGUCUGCGUCUUUCUUGAGUUGGUUCAUUCGACCACGGUGGGUUUGCGGGGAACGAUUUUCCGUUGGUGCUGGUGCUCGGACAUAUAGGCUUGCAUCAUAUCUUCCUACUAUACUUCUGGACGCUCUCCUAAAUAUUCCCCACUUCCUUAUCUCGAUCCGAAAUGCCCUACUUCCCUCGCAGCCUUUCCUUGUACCACGUCCUGCCAUGAAGCCCAGAGCCGAAACCAUUACUACUGGCCUCCGGAGACGAGUGGACGAAGAAAGCGGGAGUAGCAACGGCAUAGAGCACUCCGAGAAUGGCUCAGAAGCUGACGUGGAGAGCAAUUCUGGAGAUGGGUCUGGCGUCGAAAGUAGUUGGGUCAGUUUAAAAGAAGAGAAGGAAAGGUCUACCUAG